AUGUCUUCUGCGGCGACGGACUUUGUUUCCUUUUUCGUUUCUUUUAGUACGGGUGUUGUCGUUACUUUACUCUGGUCUCGUGCGGGUGGCCCUUGUUGUUUCUGGUCUUCCCGGCUGCGAGCGAAGAGUCAACAGGCGAGUGCGUUUCUCGCCCACCGCGGGGAGCCGCUGAAGAUGACUCUCGUCGUGCGAAAAGAUUUGAAAAUGGGAACGGGGAAGAUUGCGGCCCAAUGUGCACACGCCGCAGUGGCAGUAGUGGAGGAUAUACAAAGCCGUCGUCCUAGUGAAAUGUACACAAACACAAAAGAAGGGGAAAAAGAAAAAGGCGGGGGAAAAGAUCCAUCGGAGUGGGAUGUGGAGGAUUUGAAUGGAUUGUGGGUAUCAUGGUUAGAUGCGUGGAUGUUCGCUGGCAGUACGAAAGUGGCUUUACAGUGUGAGAGUGAAGAGCGAUUGAUGGAGGCACUGCGGGCCGCCAAGCGGGAAUCACUUCCACACGCUCUUAUUCGAGAUGCGGGCCGUACACAAAUAGCGCCUGGCAGUAAAACAGUAUUGGCAGUGGGACCAGCACCGGUCUCUCUUGUGGACCGCGUGACGGGGCAUUUCAAACUCAUGUGA